UUGUUAUUUUCCAUGUGAGCAGCAUUGGAAGCAUUAGUUGUCAAAACUCCUUUUAAAAAAACGCAGUUAUGCAAGAAAAUUAAACGAAAAAUUAAAAAAAUUAACUUAUAAUCAUUAAUUAAUGGCAAUAAAAAAUUAUAAAACUAAAUUCUUGACCAAAUUUCCAACGAUUGGAUAAAAAUGUAUCGUUUAUUAACGGUUAAUCGGGUUGCUGUGGAAAAUUGUAGAUUGGCUCUGUAUGGGCGAAAGCAUGCGGCAAUUGAACGGACGUUUGUGGGAUUGACUUGCAGGCAACAACAGCAGGAGGGACAAAGGAUUUGUUUGUCAGCAUCCAGACAGAAUAUUGCUAAGCUAGAAACUCCUCGGGUAGUGUAUUCCCACUUGCAGCAGAACAAUGUUAGUCCGAAGAUUUUAACAACAGCAAUCCAUGAGACGAGCACAAGUACUACCGGACAGAAAAAUGCUAUAAUUGGAGCCACAACAACUGUGCGUAAACAAUCAACUACACCAACAAAUCUCGAGGCAUUAGAAAAGAAGAAGAAGAAAAAACGUAAAUUGCGUUAUUCGAAAUAUGUUGAACUAUUGGAGGUGACUGAUGGCGCAGCCAAUGUCCGCAAAUCGAAAGUGCAACGCCUGCGAGCCAAGAAACUACAAGAUUUCGUUGCAAAAACGCAACAGGAACUCAUCAAGAAAAUUGUCAAUAAAAAACAAAAGUUGGCCACUGAAGAAGGUGCCAGGAAGAAGAACAAAUCUAAAGCAGCUUUAACGAUGCAACCCAUCGAAUAUCAAAAAAUCAAUAUGGAAGUACUGGACACAUCUCUUUUGGAAGCUGGAAGUUAUGAUGACAAACCGAUGAUAUUUUUUGGCAAAGAAGAUGAGGAUUUAGUAACGAAGAGGAUACUUACAAAUCCAGAACAGAUUGAUCGGAUUACAAAGUCUUUCCAGAAUUUUAGGGAUAUCAUUGAAAGUUUGGAACAAGAGCAUAUGGACCAUGAAAGCUUUAGUCUAAAUGCACCAAAACAUGCAUUACCCGAAGAGGUUAUCGAUCCAUUGGAUUCAUCAGAGCCGUAUGUACAUCCUGAUAUCAUAGACGGAUCAACGAAAGAAAGCAAAUCAGCAAGUGUAACACAGAAGUCAAAGCCAAGAUUCAAGUCAAAGAUCCAUUUAAAUGAAACUCAAGAACGUUUGGCAAAGGAACGUGCCCUGCGCCUAAAUCUCAACACGUAUUUGAAUGUAUGUGUGUCUGUGGGUCUACUCAACCGCGCCUUGUCUACGCUCUUAACCUAUCGUCAAAAGGCGUUGAAGAAUAACUCUGCGAAUAGCUUAAUAACCAUCGAUUUGUACAACAUUCUUUUGCACGGCUACGCUGAAAAGGGCAAUUUUGAAAGGUUUCGUGAUAUAUUCCAAUUAAUCGGAGAGGAUGGCUUACAAUUCAAUACUCAAACCUUUGCUGCUAUAUUUGAGUGUCUUGGCCGUCUCGAAGCAUCCGAAGCAAAUAUAUUGAACAUACGAAAAGCCAUCAAAAAGGCCGAACAAAUGGGUUUUACUUUAAGCGAAAUUAUGGAUAAAUCUUAUUUUAUAGCUGAUCAACGUGAUAUUGCCUUAGAUGCCAUACAGAGAGUUCUGCCCGAUUUCCAGCCUGUUUAUACUCCACCGGUUUUAGAAUACAACAACAAUCUUUUAAAUAAUUUUAAUGACCAAAUUCAUCCCACCCAUGAUAUGGCGGUUAAUACAAAUUCGCAGCAAAAAGUUCCUGGUUCAGAAAUAAUGAAUUCCAAGUUGGGUUACAGUAAGGAGCAACUGGAAGAAAUGGCCCGAGAACAAUUGAGAAUUGAGCUUGAAGGCAGUAUUACAAUCAAAUCCAUAGAAAAGACCAAAGAGUUUGACAACACAGAUUUUUGUCGCGAGAAACUGAAGGAGAUGGAAACACAGUGGCGUAGUCAAAUUUGCAGUGCCAUUGCUCGUGAUUUGAAUACGCUAAAAGCCCAAGUACGAUAUAAACCCAAUGGAUAUAUGAACUAUUACACCUAUUUGAAUACCCUGGACAGUUCUCAAUAUGCGGAUAUUUUAAUACGCGAAAUAUACAAACUGGCCGAGGGUUCAGAGACAUUUAGCCCCACUGUAGGCCAAUUGUAUAAAGAGUUGGGUCAAAAAGUACAACAGCGUUUCCAAAUAGAACAGAAAAAGAAGAAUGGUAUAUUGGAAAAGGUAGGUGACAUCUAUAGUUCAUACUGUGAUAUCUGGGAUCAUGCCAACAGCAACGAUAAUACCCGUCAAAUGUGGCAACGUUUGGUACACAAAGAACGUGCCACUGGUCCAAGUAUGGACAUUCGAGAAGUGGCAUGGCCAACAAACGUUCUCACCGGAGUCGGUCGUUUCCUGUACAACAUAUUAAUGCGAGACAUAAAAAUCGAUUCGUUUUGUAUGCGCCAAAACCAAAAGACCAAUCAGCAAAAUUUACUCCCAGCUUUUUAUACAUUGUUUCGAAAUCAAGGACGUCUGGUCAAGGAGGAAGUUAAACCACAUCCUGUUUUGGCAAGAUUGCUGCGAGCUUCUCGUCAACAAACCCUGACAUUUGAUUCAAAUUUAGUGCCAAUGCUGUGCCCACCACAACCAUGGAGUACUCCACACAAUGGUGGCUAUUUAUUAAACAAAUCCGAUUUGAUACGUUUACCAUUGCAGGCUAUACAACAAUGGGAACGUAUCAAUUCCAUGAAUCCACAAAAUAUAUAUCCUGCCUUAGAUUCUCUUAAUCAAUUAGCUAGUGUACCAUGGCGUGUUAAUACCGAUGUUUUAGACAUCAUCAUAGAAGUCUUUCAAAACGGUGGCGAUGAAAAACUCGAUGUUCCACAACCGCCCAGCUCAUUGCCUGCCCUUCCAUCAAUACCCAAAAAUGACGUCUCCAUAUCGAAUGCAGAUCGUGCUAAAUUGUUCAAAGACAAAAUGAUCCACAGGCGCAAACAGGCUGAGAUGUAUAGUUUAUGGUGUGACACCUUAUAUAGACUAUCUUUGGCUAAUCAUUUCCGUGACAAAGUUUUCUGGUUGCCCCACAAUAUGGACUUCAGAGGACGAGUAUAUCCUGUACCACCCCAUCUCAAUCACUUGGGUUCAGAUUUAGCUCGAUCCAUGCUCAUUUUCGACCAACCCCAACCAUUGGGCGUGGAUGGUUUCAGUUGGCUGAAAUUGCAUUGCAUAAAUCUCACUGGUCUCAAGAAACGUGACUCGGUCAGAGAACGUUUACUUUACGCCGAAGAAGUAAUGCCGGAAAUUUUGGAUUCUGCUGAUAACCCUCUUAACGGACGUAGAUGGUGGGCCAAAUCCGAUGAACCCUGGCAAACGUUGGCCUGUUGCAUAGAAAUUGCAAAGGUCCAUCGUUCACCCAACCCUGCCGAAUACAUGAGCCGAUUUCCUAUACACCAAGAUGGUUCCUGUAAUGGUCUGCAGCAUUAUGCCGCGCUGGGACGAGACAAGGCUGGAGCUAUAAGUGUAAAUUUGGCUCCCUCCGAGACACCGAAUGAUGUGUACAGUGCUGUGGCCGCUUUGGUGGAAAAAUCGCGUAAACGUGAUGCAGAUAAUGGUUUGCAUGUGGCCGAGGCUCUCAAUGGCUUUGUAAAACGUAAAGUUAUAAAACAAACCGUUAUGACCACUGUCUAUGGUGUUACCCGUUAUGGAGCACGCCUACAAAUUGCCCGUCAAUUAAAGGACAUUGAUGAUUUCCCCAAAGACUGGGUCUGGCCGGCAUCCACUUAUUUGACAACGAAAACAUUUGAAAGUAUACGUGAGAUGUUCACCUCCACACGUGAAAUUCAAGAUUGGUUUACAGAAUGCGCCCGUCUAAUUUCCGGUGUUUGUGGUCGAAAUGUUGAAUGGGUAACACCUUUGGGUCUGCCUGUCGUACAACCCUACAAUCGUCAAGAUAAUAAGCAAAUACCUAAGGCCAAUGUACGAGUGUCGGAAGCAAUGGCAACCGAUAUGUAUGAGAAACCAAAUGUGAUGAAACAAAAGAAUGCUUUUCCACCGAACUUUAUCCACUCAUUGGAUUCGUCGCAUAUGAUGUUGACUUCGUUGCAUUGUGAACGUGCCGGUCUCACGUUUGUCUCGGUGCAUGACUGCUUCUGGACCCAUGCCUGUACUGUGCCCGAAUUGAAUCGCAUCUGCCGAGAACAGUUUGUGGCGUUACACUCACAACCGAUCUUGGAAGAUUUAUCGGAAUUCUUAAAGGAAAAAUACAGUUUUAGAGAAGGAGAAUUUAGUAAUGACGACUCAGCGGAAGAUUUAUCGAAACGAAAUCUUAAUCGCGUGCUUUGCCAGAUGCCACAAAAGGGUGAUUUCGAUUUGCGCAAUGUCCUAGACUCGGUGUACUUUUUCAGUUAAUCCCUACGCUUGUUUUCUUUUAUUUACUGUUAGAAUUGGCAUGUGGGUGGUAAACUUGCCCAUGUUCCUUGAAAUUGUAGUCUUUAACCAAAAAACAAAUCGGCUUUAAAAGUAUUUAGUUGAAUUAGAAGACAAAUUUAUACAAUGUUCUUUGUAAGAAUUUAGUUUACGAAAGUUUUAAAGGUAAUAAUAAUAAAAAUAUGAAUAUUUAUAA